CUACGUUUCCUUUAGGAGUCGCGAGUCCCCGCCUCGCAUACUCCCCUUUCCCUCGGUUCCUUGUUUUCGGACCGCAGCGCCGCAGCAGCGGCGGUUCGAUUUUUCGUCGUCUGCUAUGUAGGCCUAACAAAAGCUACGGCCGAUCGCCUCGCAUCAGCUCGCUCGCUCGCUGCUCCUGCGCUUGCUUGUUCACGCCAUGGAAAAUCUCGCGUCGACGGCGGCUCCGCUACAGACGUGACUCCCAGAGCUCGUUGGAAGGGGUGUUCCUGUGAUUUCUGCUUCACGUGCGCCUCGCUCCAUCAUGCAUUCGAAUUUCCCGUUCGCUCGUAGUACCGCAUGAAUGGUGCAGUGCCAUCGGCGUUCUCCCAGCUGAGCGCAGGCGGCGGACGGCCCAGCGUCAUGAUGUGCGCGAGCCGCAAGGCAAAGGUGCGCGCCCUCGUCGCGGCCUGCCUGGUCGUAUGUGCCGCGCUCGUGUUCUUCUACCACUACUCGAACGACGCCGGAGAGUUGUCCGAACUGCAUCGCAAACGGCUGUACGGCGAUCAGCGGCGGCGGGAGGACUCGGUCAACUUCGUGGACGACAAGGCGCAGUCGUCGCCGAAGUCGUCGUUCACGUGGCCGUGGGCCAAGCGGGAUACGUUGACCGCUGCCGGCGAUUGCCGUGCCUUGAAAGUGCGGCGCGAUGUGGAUUUCCACACUCCCGACGUCUACCCGACGCUCAACUUCAAGCCUCAGUCGAGGAGCUACUGGAAUCAGACCUUCGAGAACCGCUAUUACGAAACGAGAAAGCAAUGGGCCAAGCUACCGUUGGAGGUGAUCGUGAUCCCACACUCGCACAAUGACCCUGGCUGGCUGAAGACCUUCGAGGGCUACUUCCUGAGCAACACGGCGCACAUAUUGAACAACAUGGUGGAAUUCCUGCAGAAGCACAAGGACUUCUCCUUCCUCUGGGCCGAGAUGUGCUUCUUCUCACGGUGGUGGCGCAGCCUGGAGAACCGGCCGCACCUUCGGGACGCUGUCCGACACCUGGUGCACCGUGGCCAGCUGGAGAUGGUGACAGGUGGCUGGGUGAUGACGGAUGAGGCUGCCGCCCACUACUACGCCAUGGUGGACCAGCUGGUCGAAGGACACCAGUGGCUGCGCUCCACCCUGGGUGUGGUGCCGCGCGCCGGCUGGUCCAUCGACCCGUUCGGGCACGGUGCGACCGUGCCGUACCUGUUGCAGGCCGCCGGCAUCCGCAACACUUUUAUCCAGCGGACCCACUUCGCCUGGAAAGAGUUCCUCGCCGCGAGGAGGGACCUCGAGUUCCUUUGGAAGACUCCGUUCCCGACGUCUUACUUCAACGACUCCGGCGUGCUGACGCACAUGGCACCCUUCGAGCUAUACAGCAUCAAGCACACUUGCGGACCCAACACGGACGUGUGCCUCAAGUUCGACUUCCGUCGGCUCGCCGGCGAGUACACCGAGAGCCGCGCGUCGCAGGUCGCCGACCACAACGUGGCCACCUUAGCCGAGCUGCUUUUAGGCCAAUAUGGACGGAUUGGCUCGCUGUUUCCGCACAACGUCGCCCUUGUUCCGCUUGGGGACGACUUCCGGUUCGACCACGACAUCGAGUGGGAGCAGCAGUACGCCAACUAUCGCAAGUUGUUCGACUACAUCAACAAGAGCAAGCGGCUGCACGCACACGUGCGCUUCGGCACGCUCAGCGACUACUUCGAAGAAGUCUACACUCGCAUGGAGAAGGGCGUCUCGCACGAGCACCCGUUCGCCAAGCUCACCGGAGACUUCCUCCCGUACGGUGACAUGUACGCCGAGGGCAAGCCUUCCUACUGGACGGGCUACUUCACCACGCGACCCUACCUGAAACACUUUUCCCGGGAGCUGGAGCACUGGCUCCGUGCGGCCGAGAUACUCUUCAGCCUCGCCCGCGUCUACCUAAACGAGAGUGGUCAGACGGACCUGGGCCGCCGACUGGAUGCCGACUACGUCUUCCUCGUGCAGACCAGGGACGCCUUGGGCCUCUUUCAGCACCACGACGCCAUCACGGGAACGUCCAAGGAAGGCGUCAUGGCCGACUACGGGUCGCGCAUGUACAACGGCAUGAAGGAGGCAAUGGGUGUCAUCGCUCAUGCCGCCCAAUAUCUGAUGCUCGUCGAGCAGCCGAUGGUCAACACCGCGAUCCACUCGCCGAGACCGGUAACGUCGUACCUCUUUCCCGACGUGCAGAGGCCCACUUACGACGUGCUCCCAAUCAAGCUGCCGCUUACCGUGCCCGAGGUUCACGGCCGCAAGAUAGUCCUCUACAACUCGCACGCGCAAGCUUUGCAGGAGGUGGUUCGCGUGAACGUGGGCGACCCCGUCGCCAGGGUGCUCGAUUCGAUGGGCGAAGACGUUUUGUUCCAGCUCAACCCCGUGUGGACCGACGCUGCCGCCGUGUCCAGCGUCGUGUUCGAGCUGGUCUUCGUCGCCAAGCUCGCGCCGCUGUCGCUGAGCACCUACACCCUGCUCGUGGAGUCUGGAAGGCUAACGACGCCGAAGACGAGGGUCUCGAUGUUCGUCAGCGACGCGUGGUCCGGUGCCGGCGCGCAGUCCAUAUUCAACUUCGAGAGCCCGCACACGAAGCCCGUUGUCCUGUCGACUCCAUACGUGGAGGCUACGUUCUCUCACGAAACGGGCCUCCUGCGUUCAAUCAGGUUGCUCAAGAGUGGUCUGGAGAGGCGGGUGAACGUCUCCUUCAACGCGUACAGAUCGCUCGAGUUCCACAGUGGCGCGUACCUCUUCGAACCAGACGCCAGCGACCCGUUCGUGAACGUCACCGGGCGUUUUCCGAUUGUGCGCGUGGUCCAGGGACCGAUCACCUCCGAGCUUGUGGCUGCCUAUGCGGACGGGCUGACGCACACGUUCCGCGUGUACCACGUCGACGGCUUCCUCGGAGGCGGCCUCGAGAUGAGCGUCGUGUUCGACUUGUCCAAGCGCUCCGAUUACAACGUCGAGAUGUUUAUGAAGCUGGACACGGACGUGGACAAUGGCGACCGCACCUUCUACACGGACUCGUCGGGAUUCCAAAUGACGAAGCGCAUCACCGACGUGCGGUUGCCCGUCGAGGCCAACUACUACCCGGUCACCGCUGCCGCUUACCUGGAGGACGAGCUUUCGCGCGUGACGCUCCUGGUGUCGCACGCGCACGGCGCCGCGAGCGUCCAGCCGGGAUCUCUUGAGGUUAUGCUGGAUCGCAAGCUGCGUUACGAUGACAGCCGCGGUCUCGGCGAAGGCGUGCUGGACGUGCGCGAGACGCAGGCCGACUUCUGGCUGCUCCUUGAACCGAGGGUCCCCGGUGAUUCCGGCAAAGGCAACGACCAGAACGAGCCGGUGGGCGCAGAGGACAGCGGCAGGAAGUCACAGGACGUUCCCAACUUGUCCUCGCUGGCGCACUCGCUUUCGCAGAGGCUCCUCUACCCGGUCGUCGUGUUGGCCACCGAAGGACAGCAGAACCGGGCGCUUCAUCCGGGCUUCAGUUUCCUGCACGCGGGCUACCCGUGCUCGACGUGGAUGAUGAACCUGCGCACGACACCUCUGGAGGAAGACUUUGAUCGUCCUUCGAAGAGCAGCCUGUUGAUUCUGCACCGCAAGGCCGGCUCGUGCCGUGUGGCGAGCGUCGGUCCGGCAUCGUGCGAGUUGGAGAAGCCUUCCACAUCGUCGGGCACAGGGCCUCAAGCUGACGCAUCCACUUCCCGACACGCGUCAUCGCGACCCGAGAAGUUCCGGCUCAUCAAGGUGCAGUCGGUGCACAGGACUACGUUGACGGGCGUCCGAAACGGGGCCAGGCUACCCGACGUGCACGCGAUCGACGUGCCGCCCAUGGAGAUUGUGACGCUCAAUCUGACUUUUGGCCCGUAAGCCCGGAGAUCCGGAAAGAGGGGUAGUCUGGGGGUUAGGUACUGUGCGAAGAAGUCGUUUUUAGACUUUUAGGACAAUGCUAAGCGUGCCAGCAACGUGGAUCAGGUUGUGUUGGAGCAAUCUCGCUACGACCUGCCAUGGUUACUUGUUCUAGCUCACCGCAGGAGUUUCAUGAUCUUGCGCUCACGCGCAUGGUGCCACGUGUGUGCAAGGUUGUCGGCUUCCACUGGACGGCCUUACAAGUUGGUUGUGCGAAUCUGCGGCCUUGUGCAGAACGACUGCUUGCGCGUUAAUGGACGUGUCGUGUGUGAACGUUGUUCGCGCCAAGUGCGUGCAUGCGGUUCUUGUCGAAAGUGGCUUUGGCCGGAAGGUUUAGUAAUGUUGGAACUCUUGUUUCAGAAUCUCUCAGUGCCGCGAGUCUGUGUGCAGCUUGUCUGAAACAAGUCCCACUGUGGCGCAUUGCGCUCUUUCGCAAUCUCCGAGCUUGCACCUUUGGCGCUCUGCGGAUAUGUCGGGACGUACGUUGGCCGAAGCUAUUGCGGGGGUGCCAGCUCAGGAUGGACACGCGACAGCGCUGUGCGUUAUAAGAAGCUGUGAAGAAGCGAAUUUGUCUAUUUUAAAGAGAAUAAGGUUCGCCGACCUCCGCGAAGUUUUCUGCUGGCUAUAAACAUAUCGGCCUGAAGUUGAUUGCGAGAGAACAACAGUUUUUAAUCGACCGUACUCGAUGUGUUGUAAGUGCGUAGCCUUAACAUAAUAACAACUGGGACAGUAGGCUAUACACUGUAAUUCCAGUACAAGAGGCGGGUAAAAAUAUUUCUUUGUCGUCCAUAACGAACACGGUUUAUGCGGUAGUUCGGGUGGUUGUCCAUGAAGGGUAAAAGGCUAAGGGGUUGUUGCGCUUCACACAUUGGCAUGAACCCUGUGGCCGUCACUCUUCCAACUCGUUGUUCACCUCUUACAUGUUUGUACCUGCCCUCCCAAGACUGUAUUUAUAGACUUCGAUUGAAAGUCAGAAACGCGGUUAGCCGCGCCUACGAUAAGUAUUAACUCGACUGACGUUCGAAGGAAACUCAGGGUAUGACCACACAUGGCACGAGAAAGCUUUAUGCGGCUUUCACUCCGCCAUCUCACAUCGGAGUUAGCGUCGCUGCAGUAAUUUGUUUACGAUGCUUUUAUAAUUUUUAUGUCGCUUCAAACACAACUGUACUGGUUCGUGCGCGGCGCCAGCCGUCGGUUCAGUGUGAGUGAAACAUAAUCAGCUAACAUAAGAAUUUUUUGGCAUGAAGUCUUGGAUAACGAUUUCGUUGAAGCGAAUGCGAACCCGGGUGUCUGAGCGGUUAAUGCAAAAACGGAUCGUUAUUCAAAAGUUGAACUCAGCGCACCGUGCUCCACCCAGCUGUUUGUUUCUUUCUGUUCACUAGGUAUGGAUUUGUCUUGACGAAGAAGUGGUCUCGCAUUGCCAGACGCUUCAUGUCAGUGCCCAGUUGACAUUAGAGAUCUCAAUUGUCGUUGAGUAUUAUUGAUCUGUUCGAUGCUCGGUGUCCGGGGGAGCACCGAGUUCUAGCUCUGGGUUUAGGUGUCGCUAUCGGCGCUUGUCUUUCGCGGGGGCGAUCUUCGCAAAGUACAUUUCGCUUAAUUUGUGAAAGUGACAGUUCUGCCACAAGUUGUUUUUGAUGUUCUCUUUGGCCUGCUUGUAGGCGUAGGCCUUUGCCAAUCGGUAGCGUCUUGGUCAGUGAUUUAUGUCGAGGACUCGUCAGAAGUGAACCAUCCGUGCUGUUGUCAUUAUAGUACCGACCACGUCUUGACGCGGAUAUGCUUCCGCAGCGGGCGCGAGGGCGCCGAGGCUUUUCCGUACUGAAAUCAGAUGCUUUGACAACCAGUGUAACACCAUGUGAAACCUGUCUUCCAUAGAUGACGACAUUCACUGUGGAUAACAAGCUCUGCAUCAGAGCGUGUAUAUACCUGUAUAUAGGAAAUAACUUUAUUGGUUGCUCGAAGGUUCGCAAUUUCGAAAGCUUACACCAAACAUGGUAUGAUCUUGCGUAAAGCGUUCUUUUCUUCUCAGCAGUUUCAUUCGCGUACGCACUGCGGACGAGCUGCAGCUUUUCUGCAGGCACAUAUUUUCCAUGUGCUUGCGAGUGAACGUUUAUUUAUUGCGGAGGAGUGGCAGAUGGCCAUAAAUGGCAACAUGGACAGACGCCCGUCUGUGUGCCUGGUGUUGUCUGGCCGAGUCAUGUCUAACGCGUUAUUGUUGCUUGCUUGCUUGCACUUAGUGAAGCAAGAACUUCGCAGUACGGCCACUCCACAGCCAGAUAUAAUGUCGUUGCGAGAAGAGAAUCGCUUUUCCUAUUCUUCUUUCUUUUUCUUUCGUUACCAAGCAGUUAGUAACACGAACUUCCGUGCAAUCUUAACUCAACUACCCUGCGCUUCGCUAGCGCCUAAGUUAUCGUUUUCGCUUAGCCAGUGCUUUAGUCGACGACUGAAUUUUUUUUUAAAUCUUCGACUUACAAAAGAGCGCAUCGAUCAGCUCGGCAAGAUUUCGACCUUCACCGUGGCCGUUUCAGCCGCUGCUGCUGCGACUCGGAGGCGGUACAAUCAAAUAUGUAAACGCGCCAGUAGCGUGUGGUUCUUCUUUCGAACAUUGCAUGUGUGCGGUUGCGUGCGUGGAGGUGCGAAUUUCUGGCGACGAUUUUGCUUCCACGGACAUUAAGACCGUCGUGCUUUGACUAUCAAAUAGCAUGUGCUGCUGAUGGUCAGCAGUGGACGUUAAAUUAUGUGCGCGAUUGGUUAAGUGGUUAAGCUUUCGGGCUCUUAAACAAGGCCUUUACUCCGGCACUAGCAGCCCACGAACCAUUGGAGGGCAGCAGCAGUUAGUAAAAGACUUAGCUCGCACGCACUUUAAAUAUUCAGUUUAAAACCAGUUUCGUCAUUCCCCCAGCGGCAACCCUAACUGCAACCCUAGCUGUAAACACAAACUGAACGCUGUGAUGACAUUUCGCGCGACGCCUGCAGAAAAGCAAAAAAAUUCUAGUUGCAGGCGUAGUGCGAGCAGGCACAGAGUGUUAGUCGUUCGUGUCGAUAUUGUUGUUAUGUACAGCCGUGACCUAUGUUAAAAGGAACGCCUAUGUGUCAUAAGACUCGUACACUAGACGCUGAAGAGGGAACAUCUGUCGAAUCACCUGGAAAUGUUUGUUGUCGUGUUGUAUGUCACCAGUGACGUCGAAAUCAAAACCACCUUUGCAGUUUUUUUUUAAAACUUCUGUCGGCAGAUUACGACCGUGGAAACAAGUUUGCACUACGUGAAACAGCUGCAACAGAGAGUUGGGACUAUUUUUCUUUUUUUUGUAUUGCUGCCGUACAGCUUAAGUUCCUUUUGUGUCUGAAGUGCCGUCGACGUGCGUACACAUUACUGUCUACGUCGUCAUGCCGCAGUUGAAGCGCGUCCUAGAUCUUCGAUGUCGAUGAGCUACAGUUCGAGUGCCACACCUGGCCUCACUUGUACAAAUGGCUUCUAGUGUAAAUCUGUAUAUGUAUACACGUCACCCAGGAGUAGUAGUAAUAUAUUGACAAUUCUUUAAAGUAAUAUAUUUUUUGUUUUGAACACUGAGAGAGUUUAUAACCGAAUGUGCGAGGCACGAGUUUGCCAGGCGCACCGUGAUAUCGUGGCGCGUUGGCGCUACGACCUGUAUGCGACGAGAGAGCCAGGCUUUCAGCAAUACCAAAAGCGCUUUCACACCUAACGCCGGUGCUGUGGCUCGCUCAUAUCGGACGUCCAUACAAUUGCCUGCGUGUCGAACGGGAAGACAGCCGCCUUUCCUUUUUGUUUGGUUUGUUUUUUUUGAACCCAUGCCAAAUCACUGAUGUGUCAAGUGUGUACCUGUGUCUUUUUUCUUCUCCGUCAAAAAUAAAGCUCAAAGUCAUGGAGCGUUACGUUAAUCGGA